UGCGACAAAAUGGCCUUCCCCAACAACACCAUGCUGAGAACUCUCUUCCUCCUUGUGCUUGUCUGCGCUGCGCAUGCUGGCGGGAAGGCGAAGGAGAGCUCCUCUGCUCCGGCUGGAGGUGGUGGUGGAUCCUGUGACGGCGGGACAUGCGACAUCACCAAGAUGGGCGCGACCGCCGGCGGCAAGACGGACUGCACCAAGGCUGUACAGGAGGCAUGGACGUCGGCGUGUGGCGGCACCGGAAAGCAGAAGAUCAUGAUCCCCAAGGGCGACUUCCUGGUCGGGCCGCUCAACUUCACGGGCCCGUGCAAGGGUGACGUGACCAUCCAGCUGGACGGCAACCUGCUGGCGUCCACGGACUUGAGCCAGUACAAGGGCAACUGGAUCGAGAUCCUGCGCGUGGACAAUCUGGUGAUCACCGGCAAGGGCACGCUCGACGGGCAAGGCCCCGCUGUGUGGAGCAAGAACUCAUGCGCCAAGAAGUACGACUGCAAGAUCCUACCCAACUCGUUGGUUCUGGACUUCGUGAACAACGGCGAGGUGUCCGGCAUCACGCUGCUCAACUCCAAGUUCUUCCACAUGAACGUGUUCCAGUGCAAGGACAUGGUGAUCAAGGACGUGACGGUCACGGCGCCAGGGGACAGCCCCAACACGGAUGGCAUCCACAUGGGUGACUCGUCCGGGGUCACAAUCAGCAACACGGUUAUCGGUGUUGGCGACGACUGCAUCUCCAUCGGCCCAGGUAGCACCAAGGUCAACAUCACCGGCGUCACCUGCGGCCCGGGACACGGCAUCAGCAUCGGCAGCCUUGGGCGGUACAAGGACGAGAAGGACGUGACCGACAUCAACGUGAAGGACUGCACUUUCAAGAAGUCGACCAACGGCCUCCGGAUCAAGGCGUACGAAGACGCCAAGUCGGUGCUCACAGCCUCCAAGAUCCACUAUGAGAACAUCAAGAUGGAGGACGCGGCGAACCCCAUAAUCAUCGACAUGAAGUACUGCCCCAACAAGAUUUGCACCGCCAGCGGCGGCUCCAAGGUCACCGUCAAGGAUGUCUCCUUUAAGAACAUCACCGGCACGUCCUCCACCCCCGAGGCCGUCAGCUUGCUCUGCACCGACAAAAUCCCAUGUAGCGGAGUCACCAUGGACAAUGUCAAGGUCGAGUACAGCGGCAAAAACAACAAGACCAUGGCCGUCUGCAACAAUGCCAAGGGCUCCUCCACAGGCUGCCUCAAGGAGCUCGCCUGCCUCUGAGGGAUCCAGGCCAUUUCGUACCCUAAUCCAUUGCCAUCCAAUGAUAUGAUGGUAACUACUAUCACACAUACAACUCACUACUUCCAGCUGCUCGUAUACACGAGAUCGAGCCAUUUAAAUCUAGACUGGAUGGACACUUUUCUGCUUUCUUGGUUUCUCUUAUGAGCUAGUUUGUAGGCAUAGAAUAACAGCAUCUGCGAUCCUAACAACGCAUGUAAAGCAUUAAGAUUAUUUAUAUUCCAUGUAUGUACUGGAGUCGGAGUCAUGGUGAUUUUUUUUAUGUUCCCUAUUUUUAAGCAAUUAAACAUAGCACUAUGUACAACCAAUGCUUGCAUCCUGUGAAAGAAAGGAUGAAUCUAUUGCGACUAUAUUG